UAUUUUGUUUUUGGUUCCAAGCAAUAAUUACUUUUUAUUAUAGUGAGUCUCUCUCCAACAUCUGAAUUUGCAUAUUUCUCUCCCACAAUCUCUGUUCUCUCUCCUCUCACUGUUGUCUCACCAUAAUCCAUCUACUGAAUCUUCACUUUCUGUUUCUUGGUCUGUCAGUCAUUGAUAAUCAGACUUCAUCGUUUCAAUUGGGUUUAGCUUCUUUUGCUUCCAUUUCAUUUUUAUUGUUUUCUUUCUCUCUUUUCUUCCUCUGUGUCUGCAAUUUCCCACAUCCACUCUCUUAGUUUUUCUGUUCAAUUUGAAAUAGGCUUUUUCUUACACCUCAAUUUGUAUCUCUCUCUCUCUAGUGUCUCCUUGUGAAUCUUCACUUUUCUUUCCGGAGAAAAAAAAAAGAAAAGAAAAAAAUCUUCACUUUUCUUUGUCUUGCUUUUGGACUUGUUUGUCAUUCAAAAUCAAACUGUGUGUGUUUGUCUUGAAGUCUCUUCCUUUAGUUUCUUAGCUUUCACCAUCUGCAACCCCUUCCCUCUGAAUCAUCUUGUCAAUCUUCACUUUUUGGGAUUCAAAAUCAAAAUCAAAAUCAAAAUCAGAUUAGAGACCAACUUACUAGCUCAUCCAGACAAAUCCACAAGCCAGAGUCAUUGAUAAUCGGACUUAUUAAUCGGUUCAACUGGGUUUGGAAUAUAUAUAGCAUUAUCUGGACAAAACUGGCAUAAGCCAGAGAGAGAGAAGAAAAAGAAAGACGUUGAAGGUUGCUGGAGAAUUAAAAAUGGGGGACAAUAUUGCUAGUAAUGUUGUGGCAACGAUGCUGGAGCCCAUCAGAGACAGCUUGUACGCAUUCAUCAGACGCCAAUUUGGUUAUUUGGUUCACUGCAAGAAAAACGUUAAGGAUCUCGAAGAUGAAGUUAAUAAACUCAGAGACGCCAUGGCAAGUGUCCAAACAAGGGUUGAUGCAGCCUUGAACAAUACUGAAGUCAUUGAGGAUAAUGUUUCGAGGUGGCUGGACAAAGUGCAGAGCUCAUUGACGACGAUGGAAGAAGACAUGGACAGAUUAGUGCAAGGCACACAAAAUCUCAAGUGUCUUCAUGUUUGCUCGCGCUAUCGGUUGGGUAAAGAAGGAAAGAAGAAGCAGACUGUUGUUACUAAGCUUAUAGAGGACGGCAAAUUUGACACUGUUGCACACCGACCUCCUCUAACUGGUAUUUGGCAAAGAAGUCACAGCACAAGAUAUGAGAGUUUUCAAUCCAGGGAGUUGGUUUUUAAGGAGAUUAUGAAGGCACUAAAAGAUGACGGGACUUACAAGAUUGGAAUAUAUGGAAUGCCUGGCGUUGGAAAGACUAGGAUGAUGGAAGAAGUUGCCCAGCAAGCACAAAAAGAGAGUCUUUUUGAUGAGGUUGCCAAGAUAGUUGUCACCGAGAAUCCAAAUUUGAAAGAUAUUCAACUACAGCUUGCAGAAGGUUUGAAUAUGAAGUUAGAUAAAGAGACUGAAUAUGCAAGGAAGGGGCUGCUGCGCAGCAGAUUGAAAAAUGGUAAGAAAAUCUUUGUAAUAGUAGAUGAUGUUUGGAAUGAUCAAAUUAAGUUGGAGGACAUAGGAUUUCCAGCUACAAAUGAUCAAACCAAAGGUUGCAAAAUUUUGCUGACCUCUCGGAGGCGAGAUGUGUGUGAAGUAAUGGGGGUUCCUGAAAAUGAGAACUUCUUAAUUAGAGACUUAUCGAAAGAUGAAGCAUGGUCCCUAUUCGAGAAGAAGGUGGGAAAUUCUAUCAGACCUCAUGAUAUGCGUUUUGUAGCGGAAGCGGUGUGUGAAGAAUGUGCAGGUUUGCCAUUAGCAAUACUUGCAAUUGGAGGAGCACUAAAAAAUAAGAGUAAGUCGGACUGGGAAGAUGCACUCAGGCAAUUGAAAAUUUCUAGGGCAGAGAACAUUCCGGGAGUGCCGGCAAAACUCUAUUUACCCAUAGAGUUGAGCUACAAAUAUCUGGAGCUUAAAGAUACGAAAUCAAUUUUUUUGCUUUGUAGUUUGUUUGGAGAAGAUGCUCAGAUUUCCAUAGAUGACUUGGUAAGGUAUGGAGUUGGAUUGAGGCUUCUCCUAGGUGUGGAUACAAUGGAAGAAGCAAGGAAUAGAGCUCAUGCAAUUGUCAAUACCCUCAAGAUAUCUUCUUUGCUAUUAGAAGGUAGAAAUGAAAAGUUUGUGAAAAUGCACGAUGUCAUUCGAGGUGUCGCCUUAUGGAUUGCAUCAAAACAGGAAGAUGCCAUGUUUCUAGUGAAAGCUGGUGUCACUAAGUGGCCAGAUGAGGAUGAAUAUAAACAAUGCAAAGCAAUCUCAUUAAGGUUCAAUGAUGAUUGUGUGCUUCCAGAUGAUUCUGAAUGGACAGAAGUAUGCACCUUAAUGUUGGAAUCCCGCAAUCUUUUGUUAGAAGUUCCAAGUAGCUUUUUUAAAGUGAUGGAGAAGCUUAAAGUUUUACAAUUGCGUACUAUGCAGAUUUCAGAACUACCGUCGUCACUUAAAAAUCUUAGGAUGUUGCGCCUAUACGAUUGCCAAUUGGUGAAUGUAGCGUUUCUCAAGGAAUUAAAAAAACUUGAGAUACUAUGCAUUGCAGAUUCUGAUCUCAAAGAACUGGCUCCAGAAAUAGGACAAUUGACUUGUUUGCGUUUGUUGGAUCUGAGCGGCUGUGAUGAGCUCAACGUCAUUCCCUCUGGUGUCAUAUCAAGUCUAACCCAGCUUGAGGAAUUGUACAUUCCAGGUGAGUUUUACCAAUGGGAGGUUGAAGACAAUGCAAGUCUUAAUGAACUAAACUCGUUGAAGCGCUUGUUUAGUUUACAAGUUUAUGUGCCAGAUGUUAUGUUACUGCCUCCCCUCAUUGAGCCCCUGUUUAAGUCGUUGAACAGAUUUGAAGUAUCCAUUGGGAGCAAGCUUCAUCUUUCCUCAGACUUCUGGAAUCCUGGAAAAAAUCUCUCAUCAGCAACAAGGAUAUUGAAAGUUGUGGGUCACCCUUUGAAGAAGGAGCUUAACAUUUUGAUGGAGAAAGCUGAAGUACUUUUUUUUUCUUCGAAAGUGUUUACAAUAUUGUGCUUCAUUUGUUUGAAAAAUAUCAUACAACAAGACCACUAAAAAUAUCAUCCAGAGUCAUUAACUUCCAGGAUUAACUAUAAUAUUAAUUAAGCCCUUUUUUUUUUUUUUUUUUUUUUUUUUGGGCAACAAUUAAGCUCUCUUCAACCACAAGCUAUUGGCCUCUUUCCUCUAUCAUAUAUUUUUUUUCUUUUUUCUUUUUUCUUUUUUUAUUUAAAAAAUAAUGUAACACCCUAAAAUAUGAUACGUGACUCGCAUAAUUCAUUCAUAAUAACACAUGCUUAAAUUAGUAGUAAUAAACAUGUAAACUAUCUAAAUAUAAAUUACUAAAUUUCACUUACCUAACAUAAGCUCCGGGUUCCCCUCAAAACGGGUGGCUACUUUAAUACCACUAACUAACAUGAGUCCCAAGCUCUACUCCAAUUAAAUGUUGUGAAUUGUAUAAUCUCGAACUACCGAAUACACACAUGUGGUUGGAUUGUAUGUCUGAUCACCCAAAUGAUUCCUGACCACAUCCAAAUACUAAGGGCACAUUUAGUCCAAUAACGAUAUCAAUAAUAGCGCACUCAUAAUAGGCCGGUCCUGGACCAUUCCUAACUAUACCACUAAUCUCAACAAAUCAUUAAUCAUACUGAUUUAAUAAUUGACUCAAACAUUUAGCAAUUCUAACUCAUCGUUAAAUGUGCACUUCGUAUACUUAAAAUAUUUUAAUAAUUAAUAAAUACUAGCAUACCAGUACAUACUUAUGGUCCAAAUUUGAAAUCUCCAAGUCCAUGAUCUAGACAAAAUCAGUUCCAAAACCCAAGUACAAAAGACUUCAAACUGUAUCGUAUAUUAUGGGCUUCAAAAGAUUAUCUAUAUCCAUGCCAAUGUUAAAUCCUAACAGCACAUGUAUAACUACAUCAAAUCUUUCAAUUCAUUGCUUCUAUUCAUAAUUAAUGUCUAUCAACUAAACACUGCUUCCAUGACUCCUCCACUCAAAUUUCUCAGUCCUAGACUUAUUCAUAUAAUAUAACCGUAAUUACAUAUGAACAUAGAAGCAAUUGCACCCACAACCUAGUUAUAAUAACUUAAUCUCACACCUGCAUUGGUACAUUUAUAUAGUAAACAAUUCCAACACAACCUAUAUGCAUAUACCCACAUCAAGAAUCCACAGUUCACUCAACUAAGGUUUGCACCCUUCAUUAAAUAAUUACUUCCAAAAUCCACCAAUUUACAUUCAAAUUCUAGUGCCUUCAAAUAUACUUAGCAGACCAAAUAUACGUAGCAGACCAUAUAAUCACUAAAUAAAAUUCUUAAAAUAACCUAUAUAUAGAAUCAUUUAUAGGUCAGCUAACUAAUUUCUCAUUCUCAUUAAUUACUAUAUAAAAGAUUAGAUUAGUAUCUAAACCCCCACCAGUCAAUCAGUCACUUUUCAGCAAUUCACACUACUUAGUGCAAAUGUAGAUGUAAUAUCAUUAAACUAAAUUUACCAAGCAUGACCAAAUGAAAUAUAUAAAAUACUACCGAUUCACUAGAUUCCAUAAUUCAAUCCCAUAACAGUAAAAUGUCAAAUUGAAUCAUACUUUGUGCAGAUAUAGAUGUAAUAUCAUAUACAUGCUGAUUACACACACCCAUUACUACCUCCUUACACCCUAGACAACAAGUUUAAGAUGUACAAGAAAUAUACAUGGACACAAAUAUAGGUAUAAAAGUACAUAAAUUCAUUCGUGCUUUAAUGCAACACAUGAUCAAGUACGCUUAAUCAAAUUCCUAACACAAGGCAAUUAAUUCUAUGAUUAAUAAUAGAUUAUAGUAUAUACAUGAGAUCAAAGCAAGAAUGUAAUUGCAAUCAGCUUAAGCUUCUUUGCUUUUCCGCGAUAAACAUAUAAAAUCCUCGAGAUCGCAACGUAGGUAAAAAACUAGAUACAACGGAGUCUACAUAUAUAUAUAUAUAUUCAGUGAUGGAGUUAAAUAAGAACUUUUUUUAAAUUCCAAAAUAAACUAAAUAAAUAACUCUGCUAUUUCCUUUUAAAUACAAUCACUCAUCUAAAUUUAAAAUAAAGAUAAUGCCUAAAUAAUAAUAUGCGUCCAUAAAUAUAUAUAUAUAUACUACCUCUGUCCCAUGUUAGUACUCUACUAUAUCAUUUUUUGAUGUUCCAAAUUAGUUUUCUACUUUGAAAAGUCAAAACAAAUAAACUUAUCUUUUCAUUAUUGUCCUUUCAUUUUCAAAAAAUUUAAAACUUGGUAACUAUAUAUAUUUAAACUAAAAUGGACAAAUUGAUAAUUUUAAAAGGGGACAAUGCAUUAAUUGCAUGUCCCUUUAAAAACUCCAAUAUCUAAACAUAGACAUCUAAUAUGGGAGUAAUAUUUAUUUAUGGAGUAUUACUAACAAAGUCUCUAAUGCGGUAAAGUAAUUGCAUUUAAGCAACAAUAAUAUUAUGGGCACACUUCACUUCUUUAAUAAUUAAUAUAUAAGAUUAACAGACUAAACAAUGAAAAUGAAACAACUUAUUUCUCCUUCCUCCUCUCACAGGAAAGGUCGCACAUUUAAUUAAAUUUCCAAUGGGACAGUAAUAAGUGGGUGGGAGUGGUUUGUAUGAUGAAAAUGAAACAGCUUAUUUCUCCUUCCUCCUUUAGCAGGAAAGGUCGCACAUUUAAUUAAAUUUCCAAUGGGAUAGUAAUAAGUGGGUGGGAGUGGUUUGUAUGUUAUUAACUUAUUACCUAUUAACAAAUUAUAUCAUCUCAUCAAUAUCUACUACCCACUUUGUUUUCUUCUUAAAAAAAUAUAUAUCUAUUUUGGAAUUAGUGUCAAAUUAGGAAGUUUCUGGGACUAAAAAACGACAUUCUUGAAUAAAAAUUGAUUUCCUGUUCUUGGUUUUGAGCUGGGAAAUAUUAUUACCAUUUUGCAUGUCUAAUUUGAUAAUUUGUAGAUAUGAUUGGAAUAGUAGUUAAUUUUAAUAUUUUAAUAUACUCUUUUUGUACAAUUUUAGUUAAAUUUAGAAUCCUAUUUUUUUCUUAAAACAUUAUAAUUCUGCUUUAUUAUUAUUAUUAUAAUUAUUAUUAUGUUGAAAUAAUUUAGAAUAAAUUAUUUUUAUGCUUUGCUAACUACAAAUUUUUUUAGUAAAUCAAAAGCAAAUUCUAUUACACUUACCAAGGGCUGGUUUCUUUCCCAAAAAAAAAAAAAAAAAAAAAUACAAA